CGGCCCGGUGGUCCCGCCCCGCGCUGCGCUUGUCUAUAAAGUUGUUGUUGAAGCGGCGGGGCGCUAAGAUGGCGGCGGCGGCGGCGGCCGUGGCGGGGGUGGGGCGCGGCGGCGGUGGCGCGGAGCCCCGGCAGGAGCGGAGCCGGGCCCGGAGCUGGGCCGGUGCCGAGCGCAGCGAAGGCCGAAGCAGGAUAGAGCCAGGUGAGGAGCUGGAGGAGGAGGACUCUCCAGGCGGCCGGGAGGAUGGCUUCACUGCUGAGCACCUGGCGGCGGAGGCCAUGGCAGCUGACAUGGACCCCUGGUUGGUGUUUGAUGCACGCACCACACCUGCCUCCGAGCUGGAUGCCUGGUUGGCCAAGUACCCACCUUCCCAAGUUACGCGCUAUGGGGACCCCAACUCGCCCAACUCUGAGCCAGUGGGCUGGAUUGCAGCCUAUGGGCAGGGCUACGUCCCCAACUCCGGCGACGUGCAGGGCCUGCAGGCAGCCUGGGAGGCUCUGCAGACCAGUGGGCGGCCCAUCACACCAGCCACUCUGCGCCAGCUGGCCAUCACCCACCAGGUGCUCUCAGGCAAGUGGCUGAUGCACCUGGCGCCUGGCUUCAAGCUGGACCACGCCUGGGCUGGCAUUGCUCGGGCCGUGGUGGAAGGCCGGCUUCAGGUGGCCAAGGUGAGCCCACGGGCCAAGGAGGGCGGGCGCCAGGUCAUCUGCGUGUACACGGAUGACUUCACGGACCGCUUGGGUGUGCUGGAGGCAGACGCCGCCAUCCGUGCGGCAGGCAUCAAGUGCCUGCUCACCUACAAGCCCGAUGUCUACACCUACCUGGGCAUCUACCGGGCCAACCGCUGGCACCUCUGCCCCACUCUCUAUGAGAGCCGUUUCCAGCUAGGGGGCAGUGCUCGGGGCUCCCGUGUGCUGGACCGUGCCAACAAUGUGGAACUGACCUAGUAGGGCCUUGCGCGGACCACCACCCUCUGGGCCCCCUGCUGGGGAUGGAUCCUCCCGUCUUGCUCUUCCCUGUCUCCACGAGGCCAAGUCCCCCAGCUUUGAGGACUCGGUCACUCCGGAACUGCCUGCAUCUUCGAUCCCCUUGAACUUCUGCCCUCUGAUCAGGGCUGACUCAAGUCCCCAUCACCCGGAGGCUCUGGCUCUCCGAGGGCUGGACCCUCAGCCUCUGCUGCUGCUCCCCUCUGGCGUCCAGGACCUCAGUCUGGGUGCCGACACCCAGGAGGAGAACCUUCCUUGGCCGACCCUCACCCUUGGGUAUCCCUGCCCCUCCUGCAGCCCUCCCUUUCUUCUCUUUCUCCCUCACACGAGAGAAAACGUAGUGCUUCCGGUCCCUCUCCUGGGAACCUCCACGGCCCAGGGCGCAGAGGCCCUGCAGGCCCGAGCAUGGCAUUGUUUUCGGACGGGGCGGUGAUUUGUGCCCACUCAACCCCUGGCAAAGAAGGAGGAUGCCAGGGCCACGGACACGGGGUCUGCCUGUCCCUGUCACCUCACAGCCUGCACCACCUUCCUGCCUUCCUUCACUACCUUGUCAUGUGCCUGCUCUCGGCAUUUCAAUAAAGCCCAGCUUGGGUCUGUGUCU